CCAGCCCACCAAACCCUUCCUAGAUAUGCCUUAUAAAGAAGUAUUCAAAGUCCAAGAUGCAUAACUUGUAAAGCGAUAAAAGCAAGGCGAUAAAACCCUCUCCAUCAAAGCUUUGAAACAAUGGCUACCAAAAAAGAAAUGGAAGUGGUGAAAGGACUAGACUUGAAGAGGUACAUGGGAAGAUGGUACGAAAUUGCUUCAUUUCCAUCAAGAUUCCAACCCAAGAACGGAGUGAACACAAGGGCCACUUAUACGCUGAAUGAGGAUGGCACUGUCCAUGUGCUUAAUGAGACGUGGAAUGAUGGCAAGAGAGGGUACAUAGAGGGUUCUGCAUAUAAGGCUGAUCCUAACAGUGAUGAGGCUAAACUCAAGGUCAAGUUUUAUGUCCCGCCAUUCUUGCCCAUCAUUCCUGUUGUUGGAGAUUACUGGGUUCUGUCUCUUGAUGAGGAUUAUCAGUAUGCUUUGAUUGGCCAGCCUAGCAGGAAAUAUCUCUGGAUACUAUGCAGGAAGACCCAUAUGGAGGAUGAGAUCUAUAAUCAGCUAGUGGAGAAGGCCAAGGAAGAGGGAUAUGACGUGGAGAAGCUCCACAAGACUCCACAGACGGACCCACCACCGGAAGAAGAAGGGCCCAAGGAUACCAAAGGCAUCUGGUGGUUCAAAUCCAUUCUAGGAAUGUAAAGUAGAAAAUAAGAAAGAUUAUCAAGCAGAGGGUUAAGCACAUGCACAACAUAGAGCAGUACUACUGUGUUUUAAUACCCCAUUGUGCCUUUAUUUCUGUAAAGAAGGUUCUUGUUUUUGAAUAGUCUGUUCCUAAAUUAUAUAGAAAGUGCAGAACUUUUUCUAAAUAA